AUGAAUCCCGAGUUCACAAAAGGACCCAAAAUCGAGAACCUUGAUGGAGACCAGGAUAUUAUAAUAAAAUUCAUGAAAGGUCCACUAUUCACAUUAAUAAUUGACAAGGCCGUAGAAAGACAAACGGAUAAUCUAUUGAGAAAAGUUAACAAACUAGAAGAAGAUAUUAGAAUGUUAACAGGAUUCAACGUAGACGUUAUAAAAUUAUUAUGUACCGAAAAAGAAGUUGCCAAAGAAAAAAUCCACAAGACAAAAAGUGAUAUGGAAACUAAAAGACACAAGCAACAUGGUGCGCCUCAUUUAGAAAAAAGCGAUCUAAAAGCGGUCGACGUGAAUUUUUAUCAAACAUUUAUAAAAAGGUGCCACGAUGAGAAGCGAAAGCCUCAUGUGAAAAUGGGAUCGAAUGCAUCCCUUGAUGAAACUGAAGAACAAAAGUUGAAAUCGAAAAUAGUGCCAGUAAAUGAAAUCAAAAGAUUCGUUAUGGAUUGCCUUGUAAAACUUGGCGUACAAAAUGAAAAAGCGAAAGUUUUCACCAAUGGUCUAGUAUCUUCCGAUAACAAGGGAAACGCCUGUCAUGGCAUUAACAGAUUAGAAAGUUUCAUUAUUGAUAUAAAAGAAAAGAAUUGUAAUGCAAACGCUGACCCAACAAUUACGUUAGAAACUGAGUCAACGGCAGUAGUUUCUGGAAAUAAUGGAUUAGGUUACGUAGUUGGAAUGUUUUGUAUGAAUUUGGCAAUAAAAAAGGCAGCAAAGACAGGCAUAGCCAUGGUUGUAGCCAAUAAUUCCAACCAAUUCGGAUGUAAUUCAUUUUAUACUGAAUAUGCUGUAGAACAUGGAUUUAUUGGUUUGGCAUUUACAAAUACUUCCCCUGCUAUGGUUCCAACUGGAGCUAAACAGGUAUGUUACGGGACUAACCCUAUGUCGAUAGCAGCGCCAGCAGAAUUUAGUGAUAAAGUGGUGGUUGAUUUUGCAACAACGGCAGCAGCUGUAGGAAAGAUAGAAUUGGCCAAAAUGAAUCUACAAAGAAUUCCUCUCGGAUGGGCUCUCGACGAAAAUUGUAAUCCAACUACUGAUCCAGCGGUUGCAUUAAAAGUAAACAAACUUUUACCCCUAGGAGGCGAUAACAGUCACAAAGGAACUUGUCUGGCGCUCAUGGUAGAGAUUUUGAGCGGACUAUUGGCAGGUUCAGCUUAUGGUCCAAAUAUUAAGAAAAUGGGUUCAAAGGAUCAAAAACCUGCUAAUUUAGGACACGGAUUCAUUGCCAUUGAUCCCAAAAAAUUUGCACCUGGCUUCGAAAAACGUCUCAGUGACCUUAUUGGAUACGUUAGAAAUCUGGAACCGAUUGACUCUAAAAAGCCCGUGUUAGUUCCCGGUGAUCCUGAACGUAACAUAGCUAAAGAAAUCGAGGACCAAGGAGGAAUAGAAUACGCCGAUGCCCAAUUGAAAUUAUGUGAUAAGCUGGUCAAGGAAAUGGGCAUAAAACCGCUGAGAUAUGCGUUAACAAAAACGAAAUAA